CAAGUCAUCCAUGUGGCCCGUACCUUCAAUCCUGGAGCGGUGACUCAUAUUCAUUGCUUGCUCCCAAACACGCUGGUCUCUACCUGUCAUGGGCGACAUACUUCCCGUGGACGUUUCACGAUUACCUUAAAUCGCUGUUUACAGAAUAUCAACAGAUUUUCUGCAGGGACUGGGGAUGCCGUAGAUGCCAGCGUGGAGAUGGAUGCAGGCCGGGCCACCAUGGCAGUUUUGACAACCCUUGUCAGUGUAACUCUCUGGUAUCAUGCAAAGGUGUUUCAGCCACGCUUUACAAAUGUGGAUUCGCAUUCGGUGAUGCGGCUGCGUUAAAUGAAAAAACUAACGCAAGAACAUGUACGAAAUUUGGCGUACUGUUGAAGAGAGUUAUGGACUCCAAAUACUUCGUCGCGUUGUUCAAGCAGUGUGACGAACUGCUGUUCAAAAUCCGCGCCCCCUUCAUCUGGCUCAACGUCGCCCUCUGGCUCCUCUCUGUCCUCUACCUCAUCCACAUCAUGGUCAUCCGCCUCGACCUGCUACACAUCAAAUCGCAUCUACAUAGUCCCUCGAGUCAUCGCAUCGCUGCUCAAUCGCUACUUGCGGCUGCGCGUGUUAACAAGCUUAACAGAGUGUUUUAUCUGCAACCAUAA